AUGAUGCAUGGAAUCAAUCCCGGCUGGAUGUUGGGCGUUGCCGGCCUUGCCUUAGGCAUGACACCCUUGGAUACUUUCUACCCUCCAACUCUGAAUGAGACAUCAUAUAUAUCCAACGCUUCAAUUGGAACAUACGGUGGUAUCUACAAGGCACCAACACAGGGUCCUACCGAGGGCACCCCUUAUGGAACAUAUGAUUAUUGUUCCAUGCCGCAUCCACGGGCUCAAGAAUACAAGCUACCCGGACCGGUCGCGAACGGCUCAGUCAAGGCAAAGCUUGUUUACCUUGAUGAAACUGGUCUUCAGCCUAUGCCCAUGUAUGCCCAAACCUACCAGGACUCGUCCAAUCCCUUUACUCCUGGUGUAAAUGGAACUUGCCAGUACCCCCAGAUCACGAUUGGUGGUGUUCAGGAUGGAUACCAGCAUGGCAAAGACCUCUGGAACGUCUACGGCAAGAAGCUCGGCUUGCUUCCAGAACGCCCCAAUGACCGCGUCUGGUUCCGGUCUAGUGAAUCCGCCUUGACUCAAGGCUCUGCGGGUGCGGUCCUACGUGGGGUUUGGCCUGAAUACGACGGGGCUUUGCCUUUGCACCAGAUGGUCUCGUCCGUUGAUACCGUCAAUGAAGGAUACUCUUGCAGCGCGAUCUCCUCGACUCUCGAUGAUUUGGAGUCUACGUCUGAGUGGAAGGAACAUCUGGCUGUGACGGAAACGUUGCGUUCAACGCUUGGCUCCAUGCUCGGUGCUACAUCUAGCUCGUGGCAGAGCACCUUUGACCACUUCUCUGACAAUUUCCAAGCACGACUCUGCAAUGGCUAUGACCUUCCAUGCAGCGUGACAAACUCAUCUGAAUGCGUCACCGAGGAAAUGGCCAAUGAGGUGUUCAGAGCUGGAGACUGGGAGUGGAAUUACUACUGGCGCACAAACCCAUAUGUCACCAAAUACAUCCAGGUUGUCGAGGGACUCUUUAUCGGAGAGAUCCUAGCUCGUCUCCAGGCCGUGGGUGACGGCAGUUCCUCGAUCGAUUACAGUCAUAUCUUUAUUCACGAUGGCGACCUUGGGCCAGUCUUAGGGUCUCUGGGGAUCAAUGCUCUUCGAUGGCCGGCCAUGGGAUCUAACAUAGCCUUUGAACUCUGGUGA